AUGGAGUUUGACCGGAGUGCGGAUGAAACAGGUCCACGUCGAGAAGACGAGCUAGUGCUACUUGUAUGGCGACGAUCGUUCCACAAAGAUGGCCCUGAAAACGAUGCCGAGAGAGCAAUUUAUCAACGUCUGCUGACACUUGUAGCAGAGCAUGAGGACGGCAACGAAGCAGAACUAAUGUCGAUUCUGCUUGGCGAAGCCAGCGCGAAAAUGCAAUAUCUCGAUCCCGAAUGGGGCUUUGUAGAUGCCUCCAACAUCGUGUCACGCGUGGAUGAGUGCAUUAUUGCUCUCCAGGAACAGCCAAAGAAACACUUCCUUGAUCCGUUGUCCUGGGAUAUGCCACCGCAUAAAGCUGUAGUGUCGGUUGUCGAAGCAGUACUGCUGCUCUUCGAUGUGCCGCUGCCGCCCAAGCUUAGCGAAGAAGACAUGUGGCGAGCAUGUUGGGGCCUCUGGAUUGUCAAGAACAUCGAGGCUCACUCAAGUGGCUGGGAGUGGAUGGCUCACAAUGAACCGAUAGGGCUCUUCACCAAGCCGUACGCCUUGAGCGUAGCAAACCUGGACCGUGUCUGUGAACUACUUCAGAUAACGAGACAUCUAGCACCUCCUGGACAUCGCUGUUGGCACCAUUUACCAGCAUAUACAAGUCUGAGAGACUGGGCUGGAGCGUGUGCAGCUUAUCUACACAUGGUCGAGCACUGCCUGCCUGAAUUUCACGGCUUUGAAGCAGUGCAAAAGCUCGUGACACCUCCAAAACGCACUCCAAAAGAGAACGUGUGGUUCCGUUGCGAGUCUGAAGACGGCGUCGCUUACUUCUACAAUCGUUUGUAUCAAUCUAUUACGCUUGAUCGACCCCAAGACUUUGACGGAGCGCAUAUUACGCAGAAGAGCAUUCCAAGUGUCAUUCGAGAACGUAUCGCUGAGGUCUUACAGGCGGAUGUAUCGACAAGGCUGGAACUGGAGCGACGUGGCAAGCUGAAGAUUCACGCGCAAUUGCUGGACCAAGACCAAUGGAUCGAAUGUUUCGACACACGCACGCAGACCAAAUACUACUACAGCAUCCGACACUACAAGACGUCCCCCACUCCACCAGAACACGGCGUGUUCGAAAUCUACCGCGAAAGUUUUGCGUACGCUUCGGUUUUGCGUCUCCAAGCUGCGUACCGUCGUCGUCGUUUAGAGCAAAAGACUCAAGUGCGGAAAGCAAAACGGGGAACUUUGCCAAGUUUUGCCACUUUUGCCAGCAAGGGGCGUACAAAGGCGCAACAUUCGUAGUUGUGGGUAGUAACAUUGAAAUUUUAAUGUAAAACAUGAACAAGA